AAGCAUUCUACAAGUAUAGGUCCUUCGCGCGGAAAGCUUAGAAGCAACUUUUUUUCUUUUCCGAAAAGGUGGUUGAGCUUAGAAGCAACGAUGAAGAGCAGCACGCUCACUGCGAUCCUAGUUCUGCAGGCCGUCCUGGUCAUGGGAAUCCUUGCAGAGGUGAAUGCCGUGGGGUAUUGGCCGAAGUGCUGCGACAACUGUACGUCCUUCUCGGGGGUCCAGGUCUGCGAUGACAACAUGGCCAGGUGCCACCCUCACUGCGUGAAGUGCCGCGUGGUGCAGGAGAAGCCUGUCAAGACGUUCCGGUGCGCCGAUGCAAUCACCGUCGACGGCACAUGCGGUCGCAAGCCCUGCAAGCACCACUGAUCGAUCGACCGAGCUCAGAUGAGGUGACCAAACGAGAUGCACACCAACGAAUAUGUGCAGUGUCAUCAUCAUUCUCAUCGUCUUUGUUAUUGUCGUUCUAAUUUUCUUCCACAAAUAAAAAUCGAUGCCGAUCGGCUGGUCGGUGCAUGUUGCGUGUCGUAGCCUCCGUGAUGUUGAAAAUGUAUGGCGCACAACUGUCAACUCCUAUGUGCGCAAUUAAUAAGGCACUUGCCGGUUAAUUCUGAUUUAACUAAACUGCCCUAUGCACUUGCACUAAGCCAUGAAUUACUUUUUAGGUAUUAAAUCCAACGGUUAAAAUAAUUAAGUUGAUGUGAUCAA